UCAUAUCAAGUAUAGUUUCAUUACAUGCAUUGCGCCAUACGGCAUCCUCGAAUAUUAAAAUCCCUUGACUCCUGGGAGUUGCUGAUAUGAUCAUCAAAGUCCCUCAGGCUCACAAGACUUGAAGAGCACCAUCACUCAACCCAUCCAUUUACUGCGAAUAUGGCAGCCGCGGUGGUCACACUAUACCCUACAGUCACUCCGCCAUCCUACCACAGAAUCGUCUCCCAAACCCUGAAGAUUCCUACAGAUACCCAACGACCAAUACCCGUGGGUCUCCUGGCAUGUCAACGCGACCCACUCCUCCAGGAACUGGAAACAACUAUUAUCAGCUGCACGAUCUCACAGCUUGCCUCCUCUCCUAGCGUUAAGAAAGGAAAGAAGGCAUUGGCACCAGCCCCGGUCGACCAUCCUACGCUUGAGGUUAUACUGCAUGAUACUGUUAUCUUUCCGGAGGGCGGAGGACAACCAUCAGAUACAGGUUUCAUCAAGACAGCUGAUGGACGUACAUGGACAGUGACUCAGGCCAAACGAUAUGGUGGACAUGCAGUUCACUACGUCCGGGCUGAACAAGCUGAAGAGGGUCUUUCCUGCCUCACCCCUGGAGCCAAGGUUACUGUUGCUCUCGGAGAGCUUGGCAUUGAUCGCAGAUAUGAUCAUAUGUCCAUGCACACAUCCCAGCACCUGCUUUCCGCAGUGCUCGAAAAUCAUCUCGAGAUUCCUACUCUUUCUUGGUCGCUCACGGCUGCACCAGCACCUUGUUAUGUCGAACUCGCCAGAAGCAUGACCGCGGAGGAGAUCUUGGCGAUACAAAGCGAAGCCAACAAACUUGUGUUUGAGGGACGGAAGGUCCACGUAGAAGUGCAGGAAAUGGAUGAUCAAUCACGACCGGCAGUACCUGUAUUAGAAAGCGGUCGUGCCGUGGGCAAAGGAGUCCCGACCGACUACACUGGAGGCAUCAUGCGAACAGUAAUCAUUGAUGGAGUGGAUCGUAAUCCAUGCUGCGGCACGCACCUUCCCACCCUUCACAACCUCCAGCUUUUCAUCAUACCCCAAACGGAGACCCUUUCUAGGUCGGCUACCACAUCUGCUCGCCUCUAUUUCCUCGCUGGACCGCGCCUCAUCACCUACAUCACAUCUACACACUCCCAACUCGCUGCUGCUGCUGCCACGCUCAGCUGUGGCGCCCCGCAAGUCCCAGAUCGUAUAGGGCAAGUUGUAGACGAGCGGAAGAGAGCCGAGAAGAGAGUCGAUGACCUUGAAUUUGAACUCGCAAAACAUAUCGCAGGCGACGUUUUGCAAGAAAUGAAGUCAUCUGAAGCAGCCCUAUUCGUCAAACAUGUUCACCGGACAGAUGAUUCUGUGAAUCCUCUCGGAUUUUUGUCAGCAAUAACCACAGCUUUCGCAAAUACCAUUCCAGCGGAGCGGCCGUUCGUGUUGGUAUUUUCGUCUUCUCCGUCGUCCCAGACAAAUUCGAGUUCAAGCGUGCUGCUUAUCUUCGGAUCGGACGAGAAAUGUGUCAAGAUGGCUGGGGACUUUCUCAAAGGUAAACUGAACGUCAAAGGAGGGGGUAAGGGCACGAGGUGGAGUGGCAAAUUUACCGGUGUCUGGAGAGAUGGCCGCGAGGAUGCUGUUGUUUCCGAAGUCCUCCAAGCGAUUUCGACGUAGAAUCCAUACACGCUCUAGAAUAUUACAAACAAAACGAUCUAGAAGAAAUGAAUGUACAUCCAUAAAAGAAACUUAUUUGUCGUGUAGA